AUUCGAGAAUCCAUGCUGCUGCUGCUGAGUGCUGACCAGUGCAGUGGUGGAGGAGGAAAGGUCUGGAUCAAGUUCCAGUCAGUUUGGGCGGGGCCCGUCAGAACAGAUCGUAGGUUUCUGCCUUCAGAAGCAGCAGCAAAAAUCCCUCGGAGAACAACGCUUCGUCCAGGUGUGCAAGCUGCGCGGAUAGACAUGGCGUUCUCUCUGUCCUGGAAAGCUCAGGACGUGCAGUCGACUGCCUUCACAUCUCUUUCUCCUGCAUCGCAUUUGUAUACCUCCAAGAAGGCUUUCUCUGCUCUGAGCAAUGGCAGCCCUGCAUCUGCCCCCGCUUCAGACCCAGCUCCCAGCCAAUUCAUCCCUUCCCCAAAUGAGAUCAGCUUGAGAGAGAAGUUCAACAUCGGAAAGAAGGUCUUUGUGCCGGCUGCUGGUGAAGGGAAGAUUGAGAUGUACUCGCCUCAGUUCUAUGCGGCGUGCACAGUUGGUGGGAUCUUGAGUUGCGGCCUCACCCACAUGGCUGUUACUCCGCUGGAUCUAGUCAAGUGCAACAUGCAGAUCAAUCCUACCAAGUACAAGAGCAUUGGGUCCGGGUUUGGUACUCUUUUCCGGGAGCAGGGUGUGAAGGGCUUCUUCAAGGGCUGGGCACCCACGCUUCUGGGUUACUCCGCUCAGGGAGCUUGCAAAUUUGGCUUCUACGAGUAUUUCAAGAAGAAGUAUUCUGAUUUGGCCGGGGAGGAGAAUGCGAAGAAGUACAAGACGCUCAUCUACCUGGCUGGAAGUGCCUCAGCAGAGUUCAUCGCAGACAUCGCCCUUUGUCCAUUUGAGGCUGUCAAGGUGCGCGUGCAGACGCAGCCUGGAUUUGCACAGGGCCUCUCUGACGGCUUCCCGAAGUUCAUUGCAGCAGAGGGCUUUGGAGGGUUGUACAAGGGCCUUGUACCACUGUGGGGCCGCCAAAUUCCUUACACGAUGAUGAAGUUUGCCUGCUUCGAGAGCACGGUUGAGGCCCUGUACAAGCAUGUGGUUCCCAUUCCCAAGAGCGAGUGCUCCAAGCAGACGCAGCUGGGCGUCAGCUUCCUGGCAGGAUAUAUUGCCGGAGUCUUCUGCGCCGUUGUGUCCCAUCCUGCUGACAACCUUGUGUCAUACCUGAACAACAAGAAGGGCGCUACUGUUGGCCAGGCUGUGAAGGAUAUUGGCCUCGUUGGUCUCAUGACCAGAGGCCUGCCGCUCAGGAUUGUCAUGGUCGGCACGCUGACUGGACUGCAGUGGGGCAUCUACGAUGCAUUCAAGGUCUACGUUGGCCUGCCGACAACUGGAUCUGCACCGCCACCCAAACCUGAGCCUUUGAAGUUGCCGUCGUCUUAAGAAGUUCAUUGGAAGGUCCAAAGACUGAGAUGGUCACUGGUACGCUUGAGCUACAUUGGUAGUCUGACUGCAAGGUAGGGGUUCUUCAGGAGGCUGGGAUCAAAGAUUGCGAAAGGCUGCACCAUUUAUUGCGUAUGGAACAUAGGUACUCGCGGCACAAAGCUAGACUUGGAGGAAAGCCACGGGUACAAACGAUAAACAAUAAGCAACUUUCUUUGUUGCCGUUUUCUGGUGGUGGUUAUUGCGUGUUUGAGCACAAGUACGUACUUUUGUUACUGUGUCGGUCUCGACAGAUUUACGAAGUUUUAUGCAUGAGAAGUUGUAACGAUCACGAAGUUUCGGGUCCACAACUUUUUGAAGCUUCAAGGCUUAGUUCCGUGGCUUGGUUCCGGGGAGAAAUCUGACAGCUUAACUAGCGCAUGGGUAAUCUUCAAGGCGGUGCAUCAAAAGCCGUCUAGGCAAUGGCUAUCAGUUGUUAGGAUGGAUGCUUCUGCAGUCAAGCUUUCCUCCGGUUUCUACAUUGGUCUGAUUGGACAUUGGCUUGACGCUGCAACACUAUGUAAUUGGG